GUGGGCCCCUUAACCCUUAUUUCUCUGUCUGCAGGAAUAAACAACCACCACCCUCCCUGCAGACAGAUCCCCCAGGAAAGAGCUGGGUGCCGGAACUCCCGCUCCCUUCUGCCACUCUGCACUGGCACUUGGCCCCCCAUUUCUACCCAAGUAGGGGGGCCCCAGGAUGCUUGGCUCUGCAGGCGCUGACACAAGCCUGGGGGCGGCCAACUGGACGGAGCCGCUGGAGUUCGUGAUCCUGGGCUUCUCCGGGUGGCCGCCAGCGCUGCGGGCAAUGCUGUUCGCGCUGCUGCUGCCCCUCUACCUGGCCACACUGGCCGGCAACCUGCUGAUCGUGGCGCUGGCAGCCGCCGCGCCCUCGCUGCACACGCCCAUGUACUUCUUCCUGGGUGCGCUGUCGGCCGUGGAGGUGGCUUACACGCUGGUGCUCACCCCGCGCAUGCUGGCCGGCUUCUUGCUGCCCCCAGGCGGCCAGGCGUUGGCCCCCGCCGCCUGCGCGGCGCAGAUGGGCCUGUUCGUGGCGCUGGGCGGCUCCGAGUGCCUGCUGCUGGCCGCCAUGGCGCUCGACCGCUACCUGGCCGUGUGCCGGCCCCUGGCCUACCCGCGGCUCAUGAGCCCGGCGCGCUGCCUCCGCCUGCUGGCCGUCUGCUGUGGGGCGGGUGCGGGCCUGGCAGCGGCGCUCACGGCCGUGGUGUUCCGGCUGCCCUUCUGCCGAGGCGGCCGCGUGGACCACGUGUUCUGCGACCUGCCGGCCGUGCUGCUGCUGGCCUGCGGGGACCGGGCGCUGCAGGAGCGGGCGCUGCUGGCCGCCUGCCUGCUGCUGCUCGUGCUGCCGCUCGCGCUCAUCCUGCUGUCCUACGGCCGCGUGCUCCUGGUCAUCCUGGGCGUGGGCGAUGCGGCCGGCCGCCGCAAGGCCUUCCACACGGUGGCCUCGCACCUCACGGUGGCUGUGCUGCACUACGGCUGCGCCACCGCCAUGUACGCCCGCCCGCUGGGCAGCCGUUCGCUGGCCGAGGACAAGCUCGUGUCGCUCGUCUACAUCAACCUCACGCCGCUGCUCUAUCCCGCCAUUUACACGCUGCGCAACCGAGACCUGCAGGGUGCCCUGCUGCGGGUACUUGGCCGCCAGCCGGAGGCCACCUAG